AUGGCCGGCGGAGCAAAGAAGCCUGUGAACAUCUUCCGCUUGAGGAACCUGGGUGAGCCCAGUGAGAUCUUUAACUGGCGCCUAUGGUUCUCCGUCAUCUCGUUUGGGUUGAUGGGCGCCGCACGAGGUGUGGAUGAAGGUCUCAUCUCCGGCGCAUUCAACUCGAAGGAUUUCCAGCGCUACAUCAACCUGGCGUCCUACAGUGAAGUCGAGCGAACCAACAUUAAGGCCAAUGUCUCUGCUAUGGUGCAGAUUGGUUCCGUCGGCGGUGCUCUAUUUGCUUUCUUAGUUUGUGAUCGGAUCGGUCGUAUUUGGGCUACGCGUCAGCUCUGCCUCUUAUGGAUUGUUGGCAUUGCCAUCUUCAUGGGAAAUGGCGGUAACCUGGGAGCAGUCUAUGCCGGUCGAUUCGUGGCGGGCCUUGGGGUUGGCCAGACCGUCGUUGUUGCCCCAGUCUAUCUUGCUGAGAUUGCACCUGCAUCCAUUCGUGGUCUUUGUACCUGUGUCUUCACCGGCUUCGUUUAUCUGGGCAUCGUCCUCGCCUAUUUUGCAAACUAUGGAAUGCAAUUGAGAGGUGACAACUCACACGAGCGAUGGGAAGUGCCCACCAGCCUUCACAUCAUUUUCGCCGGCCUGAUCUUCCUUCUCUCGUUUCUCCAAUAUGAGUCCCCUCGGUACCUCAUCAAACAGGGCCAUCACGAAAAGGCUUUGGACACUCUAGCCCGAGUGCGACACCUGCCGCCCGAUCAUGAAUACGUCCAGCGUGAGAUCGCGGCCAUUGAAAUUGCACACCAAACGGAGAUGGAGGCCACCAUGGGCGCUGGACCUUUGGGUAUCCUCAAGGAGACAUUCCUCGUCCCAUCCAACCUCUACCGUGUCUAUCUCACGGUCAUGGCACAGAUUCUCUCGCAGUGGUCUGGUGCCGGAUCAAUCACUGUGUAUGCCACCGACCUGUUCGAACUCCUUGGGAUCUCUGGAAGCAACGAGAACCUCCUGGUUACUGCUGUCUUUGGAAUCAUCAAGUUGGUCGCCGCCGUUGUCUGCGCUUUGUUCCUCGUGGAUGUCAUUGGUCGCAAGCGAGCUCUUCUCCUCGGGAUUGCGCUACAGGCCAUUUCCAUGAUCUACGUCGCCGGGUUCCUGACCGCUGUCCCCCAGAUGGGCAUCGUUGACGGGUUCACGCUUCCAGAGAACAAGGUAGGAGCGAGCAGGGGGGCUAUCGCUAUGAUCUACAUUUCCGGUGUCGGAUGGGCUCUUGGCUGGAACUCGAUGCAGUACCUCCUCACGGCCGAAUUGUUCCCUUUGCGCAUUCGUGCCUUUGCUACCUCGCUAGCUAUGACCUUGCACUUUGCCAACCAAUAUGGCAACUCUCGUGCAGUGCCCAACAUGCUGCUCUCUGUUUCCAAAGGGGGUCUCAGCCCUAAAGGGACUUUCUGGUUCUUCUCGGCGGUGACUGUCCUGGGCGGUGCGUGGGUGUGGUUCAGUGUACCUGAAACCGCCGGUCGCUCUUUGGAAAGCAUGGACCGACUGUUCUCGCUUCCCUGGUACAAAAUCGGGCGACAUGGAAACAAGGACGCCGAGGAGCAGGACCUGGAGGUGGAUGCCAAGAUGGAGGUUAUGGGGACCAGCGAGCACGUUGAAACAAAGGACGUGGCUGCGCGGGUGUAG